AUGAGUUGUUGCAAAGUGUUACUCAGAGGAACACCAUUAUUAUCAUUAACAUUAUCGAAAUCGAAAUCUAAAAUCCAACACAAGUUGUUACAGUUUCGUAGGUUGUCUUCAAAAACAAACUGUUCCUCUCUUGAACCUCCAAAUGUGUCUCAUUUGGCAAAAACAGCUCAUAUCUCUCUUACCCCAACUGAGGUUGAAGAAUUUGGUCCUAAAAUUCAGCAGGUUAUAGGCUGGUUUGGACAGUUGCAGAGUGUUGAUCUUGAAAGCAUUGAGCCUUCAAUUAGAGCAGAUACCGAAAACAAUCUGCGUGACAAUACUCCUGAGACAUUUGAUCAACGGGACGCCAUCAUUGCUUCGCUUCCGAGCUAUGAGGAGCCUUACAUUAAAGUUCCAAAGGUCCUAAGCGUGGAUUAGAUUCGCUUAGAUGAGUUAUUUUGCUGAAAAGAAAACUCAUGAAGACUGUUGUUUUGUACUUUGAACUUCUUUGUUCUUUAUAUGAACAACUCUUAUUCUGUAUUUUCAUGAUGGAAAUUAGAUCAUGGAUUCUGUAGUUGAACACAUUUUGAAAUUUGUAUCAUAAUAAGUUGAUAAUUACAUAAGGUGUUUGAUAGUGUUUUUGUAUA